AUGACGGAGGCCAACAACGAAUGCAGCAUCAAGGUGCUCUGCCGGUUUCGGCCCCUGAACCAGGCCGAGAUUCUGCGGGGAGACAAGUUCAUCCCCGUUUUCCAAGGGGACGACAGCGUCGUUAUUGGGGGGAAGCCCUAUGUCUUCGACCGCGUGUUCCCCCCAAACACGACUCAGGAGCAAGUUUAUCAUGCCUGUGCCAUGCAGAUUGUCAAAGAUGUCCUUGCUGGCUACAAUGGUACCAUAUUUGCUUAUGGACAGACAUCCUCAGGGAAAACACAUACUAUGGAGGGAAAGCUGCACGACCCCCAGCUGAUGGGAAUCAUCCCUCGAAUUGCCCGAGAUAUCUUCAACCACAUCUACUCCAUGGAUGAGAACCUUGAGUUCCACAUCAAGGUUUCUUACUUUGAGAUUUACCUGGACAAAAUUCGUGACCUUCUGGAUGUGACUAAGACAAAUCUGUCUGUGCAUGAGGACAAGAACCGGGUGCCGUUUGUCAAGGGUUGUACUGAACGCUUUGUGUCCAGCCCAGAGGAGAUUUUAGAUGUGAUUGAUGAGGGGAAAUCGAAUCGUCAUGUGGCUGUCACCAACAUGAAUGAGCACAGCUCUCGCAGCCACAGCAUCUUCCUUAUCAACAUCAAGCAGGAGAACAUGGAGACUGAGCAGAAGCUCAGUGGGAAGCUGUAUCUGGUGGACCUGGCUGGCAGUGAGAAGGUCAGCAAGACCGGAGCAGAGGGAGCCGUGCUGGAUGAGGCAAAGAAUAUCAACAAGUCCCUGUCCGCUCUGGGGAACGUGAUCUCUGCUCUGGCCGAGGGCACUAAAAGCUAUGUUCCAUAUCGCGACAGCAAAAUGACACGGAUUCUCCAGGACUCCCUGGGCGGGAACUGCCGGACAACCAUGUUCAUCUGUUGCUCACCGUCCAGCUACAAUGAUGCGGAGACCAAGUCCACCCUGAUGUUCGGGCAGCGGGCGAAGACCAUUAAGAACACCGCCUCCGUGAACCUGGAGCUGACUGCUGAGCAGUGGAAGAAGAAGUAUGAGAAGGAGAAGGAGAAGACAAAGGCUCAGAAGGAGACGAUUGCAAAACUGGAGGCUGAGCUGAGCCGUUGGCGCAAUGGAGAGAAUGUGCCUGAGACAGAGCGCCUGGCGGGUGAGGAUGCCGUCCUGGGAGCGGAGAUCUGUGAGGAGACCCCUGUGAACGACAACUCCUCCAUCGUGGUGCGCAUCGCGCCUGAGGAGCGGCAGAAAUACGAGGAGGAGAUCCGCCGCCUCUACAAGCAGCUGGAUGACAAGGACGAUGAGAUCAACCAGCAGAGCCAGCUCAUCGAGAAGCUCAAGCAGCAGAUGCUGGACCAGGAGGAGCUGCUGGUGUCCACUCGGGGAGACAAUGAGAAGGUCCAGCGGGAGCUGAGCCACCUGCAGUCAGAGAACGACGCUGCGAAGGAUGAGGUGAAGGAGGUGCUGCAGGCCCUGGAGGAGCUGGCCGUCAACUAUGACCAGAAGUCCCAGGAGGUGGAGGAGAAGAGCCAGCAGAACCAGCUUCUGGUGGAUGAGCUGUCUCAGAAGGUGGCCACCAUGCUGUCCCUGGAGUCUGAGUUGCAGCGGCUACAGGAAGUCAGCGGACACCAGCGAAAACGAAUUGCUGAGGUGCUGAACGGGCUGAUGAAGGACCUGAGUGAGUUCAGUGUCAUCGUGGGCAACGGGGAGAUUAAGCUGCCGGUGGAGAUCAGUGGGGCCAUCGAGGAGGAGUUCACCGUGGCCCGACUCUACAUCAGCAAGAUCAAGUCGGAGGUCAAGUCUGUGGUCAAGCGGUGCCGGCAGCUGGAGAACCUCCAGGUGGAAUGCCAUCGCAAGAUGGAGGUGACCGGGCGGGAGCUCUCCUCUUGCCAGCUCCUCAUCUCCCAGCACGAGGCCAAGAUCCGCUCGCUCACGGAAUACAUGCAGAGCGUGGAGCUGAAGAAGAGGCACCUGGAGGAGUCCUAUGACUCCCUGAGUGAUGAGCUGGCCAAGCUCCAGGCCCAGGAAACUGUGCAUGAAGUGGCCUUGAAGGACAAGGAGCCGGACACACAGGAUGCAGACGAAGUGAAGAAGGCCCUGGAGCUGCAGAUGGAGAGUCACCGGGAGGCCCAUUACCGGCAGCUGGCCCGGCUCCGGGACGAGAUCAACGAGAAGCAGAAGAUCAUUGAUGAGCUCAAAGACCUGAACCAGAAGCUCCAGCUCGAGCUGGAGAAACUUCAGGCCGACUACGAGAAGCUGAAGAACGAAGAGCAGGAGAAGAACACCAAACUCCAGGAGCUGACAUUUCUGUACGAGCGACAUGAGCAGUCCAAGCAGGACCUCAAGGGCCUGGAGGAGACCGUUGCCCGGGAACUCCAGACCCUCCACAACCUUCGCAAGCUGUUCGUUCAAGACGUCACGACUCGAGUCAAGAAAAGUGCAGAAAUGGAGCCCGAGGACAGUGGGGGGAUUCACUCCCAAAAGCAGAAGAUUUCCUUUCUUGAGAACAACCUGGAACAGCUUACAAAGGUUCACAAACAGCUGGUACGUGACAAUGCAGAUUUGCGUUGUGAGCUUCCUAAAUUGGAAAAACGACUUAGGGCUACGGCUGAGAGAGUUAAGGCCCUGGAGGGUGCACUGAAGGAGGCCAAGGAGGGCGCCAUGAAGGACAAGCGCCGGUACCAGCAGGAGGUAGACCGCAUCAAGGAGGCCGUCCGGUACAAGAGCUCGGGCAAGAGAGGCCAUUCCGCCCAGAUUGCCAAACCCAUCCGGCCUGGCCACUACCCAGCAUCCUCGCCCACCAAUCCCUAUGGCACCCGCAGCCCUGAGUGCAUCAGUUACACCAACAGCCUCUUCCAGAACUACCAGAAUCUGUACCUGCAGGCUGCACCGAGCUCCACCUCAGACAUGUAUUUUGCAAACUCCUGUGCCAGCAGCGGGGCCAUGUCUUCUGGGGGCGCCUUGGCUUCCUACCAGAAGGCCAGCAUGGACAACGGAAAUGCCACAGAUAUCAACGACAACAGGAGUGACCUGCCGUGCGGCUAUGAGGCUGAGGACCAGGCCAAGCUCUUCCCUCUCCACCAAGAGACAGCAGCCAGCUAA